UAUGUGUCCAUAAAUCAUCUAUAACCAUGUUCCUUAUCUCUAUCAUAAGCACUAUUAUAUUAAUAAACUAUUCUUCAGCUAAUGAAAUAUUGGAUCUCAAUUUACCUAGUGAACAUAUACCACAAUAUUUUUUUAAUUUCCCUAACAUAAGAAAGGAAUGUGAAGACUCUUCUGAUUGUCCAUAUAAAGAGUUUAUAAAUGUUACAUCUUGUUGGGGCUAUGAGUUUGGAUGUACAGAUCAAAAUGUAUUAUCUAAACCAUCCUGUCCAGGAGACCACAGGGGUUGGGUGAAAGAUAAAAAGACUCAAAUUGAAACCUUUAGGUACCAAGGAGAUUUUGGAUAUGUAAAGGAGCAGCGAGAUGAGUUAAAAGUGAUAUGUGCUCCCACUUUUGCUCAUGAUUCAUCCUUAGAAUGUUCUCAAUAUCUGAGAUUUUGCAGAGCUCGAAAUGUUAUAGUAGAUUUUUCAUCAUUAAUUAAAAGAAAAGAACCAGUGAGGUACCACAUGGAUGUACUGAGUGAAGGCCAAAUUGGUGGUCAUUGCGAUUUUAAUUAUUCACUUCUUAUGGAAAAUUUAGAACAUCACAGUCCUCUUCAAUCAUGGGCACCAGAACUAAAAAACUUUAGAAGGGUUGAAAGUGUUCCUGGGCUUGGUGACAUGUGCGAUGUUUACAUUGAUAAACCAACAUUUUUCAUGAAGAUUGAUGCAACUGUCAACAUGUACCACCACUUCUGUGAUUUUGUGAAUUUGUAUAUUUCACUUCAUGUUAAUAGUUCUCACCCACAAGCAUUUUCUUCCGAUGUUCAUAUUUUAAUUUGGGAGACAUAUCCUUAUAGUUCACAGUUUGAACCAGUUUUUAAAGCAUUCUCAAAGCAUCCUAUAUGGGAUUUGAAUAAAUUUCAAGGAAAAAAAGUAUGCUUUCGAAAUCUAGUUUUACCAUUACUACCUCGAAUGAUAUAUGGUUUAUAUUACAAUACUCCACUUAUUCAAGGUUGUGAAAAAAGUGCUAUGUUUGAAGCUUUUAGCAAGUUUAUUUUACAUAGACUUAAUAUUUCAAAAUUCAGUGAGCAAAAUUCAUUGCCUUUUAUAGAAAGUGAGCCUGAGAUCACAUAUAAUAAUAAAGAAAUCAAAAAUAAAACUAUUAACUUAAAGAGAUUUGAAGAAAAUUAUGAUCAAAAUUCGAAACUAAGAAUAACUCUGCUUUCAAGAGAGACUAAAUAUCGUAGAAUUUUGAAUGAGGAUGAGUUACUGACUGAAUUAAAAAAAGAUGGUAGAUAUAUAGUAAACAGAGUUGUAUUUAACCGAGUUGUAACAUUUUCUACUCAGCUAUCAUACAUCAUAGAAACUGAUAUUCUAAUUGGAAUGCAUGGUGCUGGUUUAACACAUAUGCUGUUUUUGCCACAAACAUCGGCUGUAUUUGAAUUAUAUAAUUGUGAAGACAUAGCUUGUUAUAGAGAUUUGGCAAGAUUAAAAGGCAUAAAAUAUAUCACUUGGGAAGAUCCAGAACUAGUCUACAAAGAGGAUGAGGGUCAUCAUCCUGAUGGAGGCGCUCAUCCAAAGUUCACUAAUUAUUCAUUUGAUGUUGAAGAAUUUAUAAGAUUAGUAUCAGUAGCUGCCAAUCAUGUAUUUGAGAAAAAGAAAGUUAAGGGAUUUGAGGAAAUUAUGAUAGAAAAAAAUUUAUUGAGGCAUAUUGAGUUGUAGUACUAUUGGCAUUAUUUUUUGCUAACUUAUUAAGUAAUUUCUUUUACCAUAGAUCUUUAGGUAAAUUAAUUUACAAAAUAAUAAACUAAAGGUUUUUGGUUUCAUCUUAUUUAUUAAUACAUUUUAGU